UUUAGAAUGUUUGACUUCUAGAUUUAAGAAAAUAUUCUAUUUUUUUAUAUAUGUAUUUUAUUAUAAUGUCUAUAUUAAAAAUUAUUUGUUAUAUUUCUGUACUUGUAUGAAUUGAAAUGGCUGGUCUUAAACCGGCAGAGGGAGGAAGUGGCAAUUUUAGAGCAUUAGCACAAAAUCAGCAAGAAGAAGAUGCAUUUGACUAUGCACAGUUCAGAGAUGUUCCUAAGCCGAGUGGAGUCAUUGGAUCUGUAGCCCAUAUGAUCAAAGGUGCUUUAGGAGGUGGAAUUCUUGGUGGUCAUGUUGCUUAUAUGAAAGCUGGUAUUGCCAUCGCUAUACCUUUUAACAUAAUAUGUGGUUUUUACAUGACGUAUUGCUUAUACAUUUUAGUUCACUCUGCACAAAUUUUAUAUAGGCGAACCAGAAUACCUUCUAUGUCAUAUCCUGAUGUAGGAGAAGCAGCUGUGGCUUGUUUUUCAAACCCAAAAGUUGCGAAGUAUUCGAAAGUAUUCAGGUAUACGAUAGAUGGGAUUAUAUGUCUCGAUUUAUUUGGGUCAUGUGCCUGCUACCAGCUGAUUAUUGCAAAAUCAAUUAAACAACUCGUAGAAAAUACUCAAGAGACAUCUUUGGAAGGUUUAUCAGGUUAUCCAAGCCUUCGGGUGUAUUUGGCAGCAAUAAUUGUACCAAUUAUACUGAUCUGUUUAGUUACACAUUUGAAAUGGUUGGCGCCUGUUUCUGCAGCAGCCAAUGUCGUUAUAUUGUUCGCUAUUGGAAUGGCAGUACAUUACGCGUUACAUUUCAAUCCAUCAUUCUCAAAUUUGGUACCCGUAACGACAGUGUGGAGUUUCUUUGAAUUCAUAGGCAUGAGUGUGUUCACUAUGUCCUGUGCAGGAAUUGUGAUCCCAAUAGAAAAUAAUAUGAAGGAGCCAAAGAAAUUCACGUUUGCUUUGAUUAUUGGUAUGAUUUUCAUUGUUUCGUGCACAUUUUUGGUAUCAUUCUUUGGUUAUGUUGCGUUUUUGGAAAAGAGCGAUGCACCUUUAACAGUUAACUUUCCUAUGACAACUUGGCCUAUGAUUCUUAAAGGUGCUAUAGCAUUGAUGAUAUACGUGACCCAUGCUAUCAAUUUUUGGGUACCCUUCAACCUAUGUUUUCACUACAUCAAACCAAAGCACAACCAGCUUAAGAUAAUUCAAUGGGAAUUGUUUUAUAGGAUUUUAUUCGUGAUUUUGAUUUCAGUUGUCGCUAUAAUAUUCCCAAAUAUUAAUGCGCUGAUGGGAUUCCUCGGCGCCUUCUGUUUAUCGAACAUGGCAUUCAUUUGGCCAAAUUUAAUCAAUUUACUCGUAAUUUGGGACAGGCCUGGAUUAGGCAAAUAUAAAUGGAGAUUAUGGAGAGCGCUGAUUUUAAUAUUCAUCGGUAUUUUUAUUUUAAUAUGUGGUUCCAUCGUCAAUAUGAGUGAGCUGAUGUUGGUAUUUGUAUAACUAGGAGAACGUAUAUGAAAUGUAUGAACGUGUAUUUCAAUACUAGUUAUAUAUCGCGGCUUUGUCAGCGUACACUUCCUUCUCAUUGGGAAUUUUCAUGGGAAAUCUACAUAAUUUUUAUAGGAGUGUCAAUUGUAUGAAUAAAAUCUUUUAAGAUUUUAUGUACUCUAGUACAUCCUAUUGGAAAAUUAAAAGAAGUGUGGGUUAGGCUGUUAGUUUUACAGUAUCUUCUGUAACAUUUACAGUGCUGUUCAUUUCUAAGGGGCGAUGGUUAUCAAUUUCAAGUGGUCCGUAAACUUGUUUGCAAUUCUCUCAAAUAAAAAUAAUGAAUAAAAUAAAUCUGUUUUUGAUAUAUA